UAUCGUGAAUUAUAUAACAGUUUGGCUGAAUACUCGAUUCUGAUUGGUCCAAGGGUGGGCAUUAUUUCUCAGUAAAGGGACACCUCGGCCUUUUAACAGUUCUAAAGUCAAUGCGCUACAAAAUCCAGCAUUCUAUAAGCCGGACACCCACCGCACGCGUAGCGUAAGCGGCGCAUUUUAAGCAGCAUGGCGAAGCAGCACGGCGCGCCGCGUCGUGUGUCUACACGGGUUCCGUUUGUGUCGCGCAAAGGCUUGCAGUCUGCAGCGGGAUUACUUCGUGUAUUUCACGUUUGUUCACGACUGUUGAUGAUGGCAGGAGCAGUAAGCAGCCUGGGCUCUGGGGAGGAGCAGCACAGCAGAAGUGCUCUGGGCCUGCCGUGUAUCGCCCCUCUGGUGCGGUCGGUGGAGGAAACACCAGAGCCCAUUGAAACCACCGUCCGCGGGAACAUCCCAGCCUGGAUCAAUGGCAGCCUACUGCGCAAUGGCCCGGGCAAGUUUGAGUUCGGCAAGGAGAGCUUCAGACACUGGUUUGAUGGCAUGGCCCUUCUUCACCAGUUCAAGAUGGAGGGUGGCCAGGUGAGCUACAAGAGUCAUUUCCUGCGUAGCGACAGUUACAAGUCCAACAGCGAGAACAACCGUAUCAUGGUGUCAGAGUUUGGGACCCUCGCCAUGCCGGACCCCUGCAAGAAUUUCUUUCAGCGUUUUCUGUCCUACUUCGAAUUGCCAAAGCCCACAGACAAUGCUAGCGUCAACUUUGUCAAGUACAAGGGAGACUAUUAUGUCAGCACGGAGACCAACCUUAUGCAUCGGGUUGACCCUGAGACCCUGGAGUCAAAGGGGAAGGUGGACUGGAGCAAGUUUAUUGCUGUCAAUGCAGCCACAGCUCAUCCCCACUAUGACCCUGAUGGAACGGCAUACAACAUGGGCAACUCGUACACUGGUAGAGGGGCCUUCUAUAACAUCAUCCGUGUGCCUGCGGGGAAGGCGGGGCCAUCCGAGACCCUAGAGGGCGCUAAAGUGCUGUGUUCCAUCCCUUCAGUGGACAGGGCUAGACCCUCUUACUACCAUAGCUUUGCAAUGACGCAGAAUUACGUGGUGUUCAUAGAACAGCCCCUGAAGAUGGACCUGUUGAAGAUUGUCACCUCCAAUCUGCGUGGAAAGCCCAUAAAUGAUGGAAUCUACUGGGACCCCAGUUUGGAGACGGUGUUCCAUGUGAUCAGCAAGCACACUGGGAAGCCAAUCUCUGUGAAGUACUACACCAAGGCAAUGGCCAACUUCCAUCAGAUUAACGCUUUUGAGCAGGAUGACUUCCUGCUGUUGGACCUGUGCGGCAGUGAUGAUGGGGGGGCUGUCAACGAUUUCCUGAUCCAGAACUUGCGCAAAUCCGGAGAGGCCUUGGACCAGCUGUAUGAAUCAUUGCCCAAAGUCUUCCCUCGCCGAUUCGUCUUCCCUCUCAAUGUGGACGCCAACACGCCAAGUGGUCAAAAUCUGAACACCAUUCCUUCCAGCCUGGCCACUGCUGUCAGGGUUGCCGAGGACAAGGUGUACUGUACCCAUGAAGAGCUCCAUUCUGAAGACCUCCAUGAGUAUGGGGGCCUGGAAUUCCCACGUAUUAACUAUGACAAAUUCAACACCCGACCGUACCGCUACUUCUACGGCUGUGGGUUCAAACACCUUCUUGGGGAUUCCCUCCUCAAGAUGGACCUCCAGGGAAAACGGCUGAAGGCGUGGCAUCACCCUGGGCUUUUCCCGUCAGAGCCGGUCUUUGUUCCAUCACCUGACGCCACAGAGGAAGACGACGGAGUCAUUCUGUCUGUGGUCGUCACUCCCACACAGGAAAAGAGUACCUUCCUUUUGGUCCUGGAUGCCAAAACGUUUGAAGAGCUUGGCAGAGCUGAGGUGCCUGUAAACAUACCGUACGGUUUCCACGGAGUAUUCAAUAGCAACAAAUAGUACCCUUGCUUUUAUAUCGCAACUAGUCCCAUUUUAAUAAUCGUUUUAAUUUAGGAAUAAUUGACUGUGUAUCACUAAUUAUACUGUUGGGCUGAAGGAAGAGAGGAAGGUAAGAGAGGAAGAGGAGGAGAGGGAUAAACCACUAUAGGCCGAAGCAAGGAUCAACCAGACCUGCAGAACCUUAAGGUUCAACUCUGUCAAAAGACCCUAUUUCUGUUAACAAUAUAUACAGGUGCAUUUCAGAAUAUGACACAUUUUAUAUAUGUCUGAUUCAAAAUUUUUUGAAAAUGCCUGAUUUAAUAGAUGCGACCGCAUACGCGCAUGCAUCCAUAUGUGCAUGCAUCCACGCACACAUCCUCACACAAACACGUGACCUCUUCUUUGGCUCGUGACUAACCUUUCCACAAAAUCUUGUGCAAAUCUGUGAAUCAAUUUGGGAGUUAUGCACCUUUUUGUGAUAGGCCACGCCCAUCGCCACGCACCCUCUUGGUCAAUUGGCCUGAAAGUUACUCAGCUCUACCUUCGGUCACGACCGACCUCCAUGCCGAAUUUCACCAGCCUGGGGUGAAAACUGUGCCCGCCUCGAGGUGGGACACUUUUGUGGACCAACCGACCAACCAGUGACGUAGGUUUCGUUUGAACAUUGGGGGGGACACAUUAAGCUGGGGGUCUGGGGGUCGUCCCCCAGGAAAUUUUGAGCUUCAUUUCCUGCAUUCUGGUGAACUUUGCAGCAAUUUUGCAGCAAUUUGUGCCUUUUCUCCAUCAAUUUAUGGUGGAAGUGUCUUUAUUUAUGUAAAGGAAAACACAAAAUUCAAAGUUUUUAUUGAAUUUUAUUGGGGGGGACAAAUGCACGUGUUCUAAAUAUUGAGGAAGACGUAUCCCCUACAUCCCCCCCCCGAAAUCUACGCCUUUGCAACCAACCAACCAACCGACCGACUGACAGGCAGAGCUAUAGAGCUGCGGUCGCAGCUAAAAAGUAUCAUGUGCCUUAUUGGAAUGAAUUCUUCUGACAUGUUUGCAUUAUUCCAAAUGUAACCCUUUUACAGAUUUUAAAUUUGUUUUUAUUGUAUAAUGUCCAUUUUAUCUUUAUAUUUCACUGUAGUAGUUUUAAAAUGACACUAUUAAAGUUAAAAUGGCUUUUAAAA